GGGAUCAGCGAUGAUCCCAUUCAUCUGAAGAUAUUUUCUCCUCACGUUGUCAACCUCACGCUGGUGGAUCUGCCUGGAAUCACCAAGGUGCCCGUGGGUGAUCAGCCUAAGGACAUCGAGGUUCAGAUAAAGGAUCUAAUCCUGAAGCACAUCUCCAACCCCAACUGCAUCAUCCUGGCUGUCACCGCGGCGAACACAGACAUGGCCACCUCGGAGGCCCUCAAGUUGGCCCGGGAGGUUGACCCUGACGGCAGGAGGACGCUGGCUGUGGUGACCAAACUGGACCUGAUGGACGCCGGCACUGACGCUAUGGACGUCCUGAUGGGCCGAGUCAUUCCUGUCAAACUGGGCCUCAUUGGAGUCGUCAACAGGAGCCAGCUGGACAUCAACAAUAAAAAGUCAGUGGCUGAUGCUAUUCGAGACGAACAUGCUUUCCUGCAGAAGAAAUAUCCGUCUCUCGCCAACAGAAAUGGAACCAAAUACCUGGCCAGAACCCUCAACAGGUAAA